AAGUUUGUUUGGAUUGUUUUCAUUUUAAACUCGGUGGCGUGAAGUUCUCACACUUACGGAAUAGGUGUUAAAAGGUUUUUUUUUCUUUUAAAGAAGAGAGGAUUUUAGGGGGCUCCUCAUGGACAGGUGUAUACGCAGGAAAGUGGAUUUAACGGACCAGAAACUCGAUACCUGUAAUUUAAUGAAACUUACACGGUGAAGGGCCUCCUCUGGGUUCUAAACCCUCGUAGCUGAUGGAAGUCUUGGAGGAGUAUACUUACAAUGAGAGCUUCCUCACAGAUGGCCUUGGUGGUAUCAACGCUACAAAUGGAGGUGGAAGGCACCAGUACAAUUACUACGCCAUGCUUCUCACGCUGCUCAUCUUCGUCAUUGUAUUCGGAAAUGUGCUCGUGUGCAUGGCUGUGUCUAGAGAGAAAUCUUUGCAGACCACCACCAACUACCUGAUUGUUAGCUUGGCUGUAGCCGACCUGCUGGUGGCAACUCUGGUUAUGCCAUGGGUGGUAUAUCUAGAGGUGGUGGGUGAAUGGAGAUUCAGCACAAUCCACUGUGACAUCUUUGUUACCCUUGAUGUAAUGAUGUGCACAGCAAGCAUCCUUAAUCUUUGUGCCAUUAGUAUUGAUAGGUACACAGCAGUGGCCAUGCCAAUGUUGUACAAUACUCGCUACAGCUCUAAGAGAAGAGUCACCGUCAUGAUAUCAGUGGUGUGGAUCCUGUCUUUUGCUAUAUCCUGCCCCCUACUGUUCGGACUUAACAAUACAGAGAGCGGCGAUGAUGCCCUGUGCGUAAUCGCAAACCCUGCCUUUGUAGUGUACUCUUCUAUUGUGUCCUUCUAUGUGCCCUUUAUCAUCACCCUGCUCGUGUACGUGCAGAUCUACGUGGUGCUGCGCAAACGACGGAAACGUGUCAGCACCAGGCGCACAUACCCAAGCAGCAACAUGGACUCAGGCAACACUUUGAAGAAAUGCACUCACCCUGAUGAUGUGAAGCUCUGCACUGUCGUCGUCAAAUCCAAUGGGAAUUUUCCUGUUAAUAACAAAAAUGUGAUUUUCAUAAAGGAGGUAGCCAACACUGCAGACGACAGCCAGAUGGAUGAAAUCACAAACAUAGAUCCACCAGACCCGAAGACACUCGACCAGACACCUGCCAGUCAGCAUGGGCUCCUGCUCCUCAGCACCAAUCAUACCGAAACAGAUGUAGCGCCCUCUGCUCCUGAUGUCUCGCUCAAACCACUGCGAAAUGGGAAGGCGUACGAUGCCUCCAAAGUGGCGAAAGCGUUUGAGACGCAGGUAUCCCCGACCGGCAAAACACAGACUUCGGUUAAGUCCAUUAGCAAGCGCAAGAUUUCUCAGCAGAAAGAGAAGAAAGCUACUCAGAUGCUGGCUAUUGUGCUCGGUGUGUUCAUUAUAUGCUGGCUGCCGUUCUUCAUCACACACAUAGUGAACACGUACUGUAACGUCCCGGCAGAACUCUACACAGCAUUUACCUGGCUCGGUUAUGUCAACAGCGCCGUCAACCCAAUCAUAUACACCACCUUCAACGUCGAAUUCCGAAAGGCUUUCAUUAAGAUCCUGCACUGCUGAACGCGGACUCGUACACGUGUGGCCUCUGUAAAGCUCAGAACUGUUUUACAAUCCUGGACCAUCAUGGACCAUAUUUGAGGAGCUUAUGUAAAGCACUUCAGUCUAGGAAAUGGAAAAAACAACAUGAAUGUAUGUGAAGUUCUAUGUAUUAUAAUAUCAGGCAAUUUUGUCGUCUCAUGCAACAGAUCAGACACGUGUGGAUGAUUGCUAAGAGAUGUUUUUCACUACAGCUCAACAGUAUUUCUCUUUUUAUUUAGUUAAACAAUC